GUAGCAGUUACCUCCCUUCCCGACAAAAUGGCUGCAUCCACAGAUGCAGACGAGGAUCUCACUUAUGAACCGUCUUUGAAGAAUAUAAUAGAGCAAACGUCCCUGAAAUGGGUCUUUGUCGGUGGAAAAGGCGGAGUGGGGAAAACCACUACCAGCUGUUGUCUUGCUGUUCAAUUGGCCAAGAAAAGGGAGACUGUUCUCAUGAUCUCAACAGACCCUGCUCACAACAUUUCUGAUGCAUUUAACCAGAAGUUCUCCAAGGUUCCAACACUUGUACAAGGAUUUCCUAAUCUCUAUGCCAUGGAAAUUGACCCAAAUCUGGGUUUCUCUGAAUUGCCAGAUGAAUAUUUUGAGCAAGCUGACAUGAUGAACAUGGGCAAGAAUAUGGUGCAAGAGCUGCUUGGAGCGUUUCCUGGUAUUGAUGAAGCUAUGAGCUUUGCUGAAGUCAUGAGACUUGUAAAGAAUAUGAAUUUCUCAGUGGUAGUGUUUGACACUGCUCCAACCGGCCACACGCUUCGUCUUCUUUCCUUCCCAACUGUUAUCGAGAAGGGACUUGGUAAACUACUCCGUCUCAAGAACCAAAUUAGCCCAUUUAUUUCACAGAUGGCAGGGAUGCUGGGGAUGCAGGACCUGAAUGCUGAUCAGAUGUCCCAGAAGUUUGACGACAUGCUGGUGACCAUCAGGCAGGUCAAUGAACAAUUCAGGAAUGCUGACCAGACCACAUUUGUGUGUGUGUGCAUCGCAGAGUUUCUUUCUUUGUACGAAACGGAGAGACUGGUGCAGGAGCUGACUCAGUACCAGAUCGACACUCACAACAUCAUCGUCAACCAGCUUCACAUGAUGAAGAAAGGGGAACAGCCAUGUAAUCUGUGCAGAGCUAGGCAGAAAAUACAAGCCAAGUAUCUGGACCAGAUAUCUGACUUAUAUGAGGACUUUCAUAUUACAAAGCUGCCAUUGCAAGACACUGAGGUUCGCGGCGUGGACAAGAUCAAAAGCUUUUCCAAAAACUUGAUAGAGCCCUACUCCCCAGACUAACAACCUCAUGAGAUAUGUCACCUGGGUGAGAGGAUCCUCCUUCAUCUGUGUCAUAAAAAUCUCAGUUUCAUUAAAAUCACAGCUUUUGUUCCGACAUUCUGAUGAAGAUCUGACAACCUUUCCAGUCCGCUCAGAACAUUCUAAUCAGCCAAGGAGUGCUGCAGCACACAGCAGCAUAUCUCAUUUCUGUAUCUGAAAUUAGAUAACCAGUUUCGGAGGUAAAGAAAUAACCCUUGCCAUUUUAUUGUUGUCGAUACAUACAUCAAAAUGAGUACCAUUAAGGAAAUAUUUGUGUUCUGUGUUAAGUUUUCUUUUGUUAAAAAAUCAAAAUUUCUGAAUCAGUAAAGAUCAUGUUCGAAAAUGGACAUCUGAAUGGAUCAAGAACCAAUGUCUUAGACUGGAUGGUCAGAGUUCACUUAGAGUUUACCUGAAGCAACUUUCAAUAGAGGGUUGUCAAAUCUUCACACACAGGUAAUGUAUUAAAGUUUUGCUUUUAAUGAGAUCACGAAGAUCAGUUUCAGCUGGCGACAGGAAACAUACAAACAAGUUUAGCGUCAGAUAUGGUCAUCAUUUUAGAAUCUGUGCUUUGUCUUGAUUGUGAUAGGUACUUUUCUUUUUUGACUGUAUGGUAUUUAUAGAAACAUGUAUGAUUAACUGCCAAAAUAUGAAUUUAUUCAUGGGUGAUGAGUUAAGAACAAAAGGCACAGGCAGUCCAAACUAUUUGUUGACACUGACAUUGAUUUCUGUUGAAUUUUGAGUAUCCUUGAAUAUUUUUCAGUUUAUGAUUGAUUCAGUAAGUAAAGUAACAUUUUCAGUAGUAUGGAGCCUACGCUGUUGUUAUAUUGCUUUUUAAUAAAAAAAAAAAUAGGGUUCAAUUCACAGAUGAUGACAAUUAUCUUAUUUGUACCCCAUUGUGAUACAGUAUUGUUGCAGUUGUGCAGAAAGCGAGGUAAAGCCUUGUUUUCCAACUGGAGUUACUAUGAAAGUCAGUUGUCUGAAGAGGGGCAUUAUCAUGGCAACUAAAUAGCCUAUGAAUCUAUUGAUGUCAGUGCAACAUUAAAAAUUCAUGACAAGUCAUUUGAGAUUUCUUCCCACUUGGUAAAAUAUCCCAUCCUAUAACCAGCAUCGUUGAGGGUCCAGUGUAUGAUUUGUCUAAUCUUGUAAUUAUUUUCCCCCAGUUUUUCAUAUCUGGAGACUUCCCUUCUAGAGCUUGUGUUUAAUAUCCUGAGGUACAGAUUUGAUACAACUGGAAAUAUAUUAAUGUCUAGUAAGUAACAUGGUUAAAGAUAUCCUACUGUAUCUCUUCAGAAAGUAAGCAGUAAUUGUCACCUUACAAGGUACAUGUACAUACAUAUAUUUAUUGCGUGCAGUGUUCACAACACCAACUAUUUGGAUGGCUGUAGCUUGUGCAGAGUUGUGUCCCUUUAGUAGAGGGCAGACAUCCUAGAUUUGCCAUAAUGACCCUUGCUUGUCAGCAACACACCCAUGCUGUUUGGAGUCAUCAAAGUGAUGUGACUGAAAUACUUUUCAAAAGGGUGUUAAACUCAAAACACUGUUAACUGUGUCAUUCUCCACGUGUUUGAUGAAGAUGUGAAUGAUUUUACUUUGUUGCUACUUUUGGUUAAGUUCACUUCUCGUGUACCUCUUGGAAGCAUUUUCACUGUUAAUGAUCCGCAUUCACUGGCAGUGAACUCAUUAUUUGAAAUUGCCAUGGACCAAAAUGAAUUUGGUUUUAAUUUUACAUUAUGGCAUUAGUUAGUUGGCAUUAUGUGAAUAUAAAUGUGUUGUCUGUGCAACUAAAAUCCGUCAACUUGUAUGUCCAGCUGUUCUUGUGGAUGUCAACAAGUGAAAUGGUAUACUUCUGUGUGAUGUUCAUGUAAUUUUGCAGGUCUACCUCUUACUUAAAAAGUUUCUGAUUUCUUGUUUUUAGGAAAGAUAACACAAUGUAUCUCUUAAUUGUCUGAUUCACUAAUGUCAACUACAACUCAAUAAAGGAACACUUCUAUGUCUA